UUGGGGGCUUCAUCUGCCACUUCUUUCUGGCAUUCUGCAGACGUAUUGUGACGCCUACAAGGAGUUUUUGGACGUGAGUAUUGUGACGCCUACAAGGAGUUUCUGGACGUGAACCUGCACAAACAACACAGGGACAUACUUUCAUAAACAGGACAGCUACAGGUGACAUAUAUCAAGAUGAAUUCCACCGUUGUGUCGCUUAAGAGAAAGAGGGUGUCUGCUGACCCUCUUCCGGCAAUGAUACCCGCUAACAGAUGUGUUGAAUUCCAUGAGGUGGGAAUAGAACACAUAUUCUCAACAUGGGCAUUAAACGCUAAGGUAUUCUGGAAAGGCAACAUACGGCAGCACGGUGGUACACGAUAUUUGCGUGUAAUUUUGAAGGAUGAGGAGGGAACCAAAAUGGAAGCAGUUGCCUAUGAUGAUAAAACCAUGAGGUUUGACGGCUUACUUGUUCAAGGACAAGAAUAUGAGUUCUUUGGAGUUGGCUUCUUGCCUACUUGGAUUGAUGAUAUGAGCUUCAUGUUCCAUUUGCAUUCCGACUUCUAUGUGUAUCUAUCUACACACUCCACGGUAAAUGCACAAACAAGUAUUUUUGGGUUUCCCUAGAUUCCUCGUACGUUUAUGGCAUUCCAGGCUGUAUACAAUUUGGAUGAGUUCAU